CUCAGUUGGUGUUGUUUCAGGAAAUGGGGAGGUUGCAGCCGUGGUGGUGUGAGAGACGGCUGGUUUGAAGAAACCACGUGAUGAAUCAUACUUCCUCUAACAGUCGGGCCACCACUCUGCUUUUAUUCUUCUGUGAUCUGUGACACACGGAGAUGGCAGGUACAAGGGUCACAAACAUUCAGAGCGCCGCCAAGCAGCAGCCGCUGAUUCAGCCUCCACAGCGCAGCUCAGCAGCACAGGGAGCUGUGCAGAUGCGUAUUAAGAAUUCACAGAGUCCUGGAGACCGCCUGAGCCAGUCCAAGUCCAUGGUCCUGCAGGAGUCCGACCUGCCUCAGAAACCUAUCUCUCGGCAUCGCAGGAAUCAGUCUCAGCACAACGUCGUCAUCGCAGGAGCUGCUGCGUUCGAACCGUUUGUGGAGCUGAAAGGUGAACAGCUGAAUGUGGCUAAAAUCUCAGAGAGUGGGAAAAAGCAGAGGAAGAACUGGACUUCAAUGUGGACUGUGCUGACCUCAGACCAGCUGCUGUUUUACAAAGACAAACAACAAGAGACUGGUCAGAAAUCAGGAGGUAAGACAGAUGUGGUCCAGCUGGGCGGAGCUCUUAUUGAGUGGACGACAGAGAAGUCGAGCAGGAAAAACGUCUUCCAGAUCACAACAAACACAGGAAGCGAGUACCUCCUUCAGGUUGAGAAUCACUCCACUGCCAGCAAAUGGCAUGAUGCCAUCAAAAGGGCCAUCGACUCUUCAACUAAAGCAGACGGAGGUUUUUCCCUGCGGAGGUCAAACAGCACAGAGUACCUGCCCAGACACAGCUCCCUACCUGGAUAUGGCUCAGCCUCCCCCAACACCAAGCAGCGUAACCCAGCCCACAGACGCUCCAUCAACAUGUUUGGCAGCUCAAAGCUGAAACACAGUACCUCAGACAGUGCUGAUAAGAACGGAGUGAAGAACAGACUGAAGAAGUUCAUCAUCAGACGUCCGUCCAUGAAGACGCUACAGGAGAAAGGCCUCAUCAAAGAUCGAGUGUUUGGCUGCCAUCUGUCAACUCUCUGUGAACGUGAAGGAACCACUGUGCCGAAGUUUGUUAAGAUCUGUUUGGAUGCAGUCGAUAAACGAGGUCUGCAGGUUGAUGGGAUUUACAGAGUCAGUGGAAAUCUAGCAACAAUCCAAAAACUUCGCUUCAUUGUCGAUCAAGAGGAAGAACUGGAUCUGGACCACAGUCAGUGGGAGGACAUCCACGUCAUCACAGGAGCCCUCAAGAUGUUUUUCCGUGAACUCCCCGAACCACUGUUCCCCUUCAGGUUCUUCCAGCCACUUGUGGAGGCUGUCAAGAUCAAAGAAACCAAACACAAAAUUCAGGCUGUGAAGAAACUGAUCCAGGAUCUGCCCAAACCCAACCAUGACACCAUGAAGCUGCUGUUCAGCCACCUGCACAGAGUACUGGGCUAUUCCAGGAAGAAUCUGAUGUCCACUCAGGGCAUCGGUAUCGUGUUUGGCCCAACACUGAUGUGGCCUGAGCUGGAUGCAGGAAACAUGGCAGUCAACAUGGUCUACCAGAACCAGAUUGUGGAGUUCAUCCUCAUUGAGAGCCAAGAAAUCUUCAACUUGGACAGGAAGUAAAAGCUCCUGAGGUGGAUCUGAUCAUUUGACGGACUCACAUUUACCCAUAAAAAAUAACCAUAUAACUUCAGAUAUUUUAUUGUUUUAAAGGAAAACAGAAGCAACAGCUGGUUUGACCUGGACUGUAAAAAUAAAUGGAUGUUUCUGGUCAGAACAUAUUUUUAAGAUUAUUUUCUAACUGAUGCAAAAUGAAUGAAUGGCUGCUUUAAAUGUUACAGAUAUCUCCAUCAUCUGCCACACCUCAUUUAAAAACUAGGUUUUAUUAAGGAGGGUUAUUGCUCAAACCUUGUUCUACACAUGCUGUCUAUGUACUACCUUUUUCAGUAAAGUAUUUGUUGUGUGACUCA